ACCUUUAUAUAUAUACUCAACCUCUCUUCCUCUUCGUCCUUAACAACAUUUCACUCUUUCUCCUCUGUUUUCUUUUUCUCACUCAACUUACCUAUCCUCUGUUCUGUACCUUCUUCUCCCGAGACCUUCACGCGUUGGGAACGAAGGAUUGCUGACCCUACUUCGUUUUUCUUUUUGUUUUCAACACAGCGCAUAGAAGCCACUACUUUUACUCUUUUUCAAGAACUUGGCACUGCUUAUUCCUAAUAAAGAUAACGAAUAACGAUCACAAGAACACGAUGUUGCAUUGUCUGAACACUUCGGGGAAUCUAGUAGGAGCGAGCUGUUCGGAAAUGACGGUGUUGGAACGGCAAAGGGAAAGGGUGAGGUGGCAACAGCAGGAUCACCAUCACCAACCCUUCUUCUGUUCAACGGAGCUUAACGCCGUUUUCUCUUCUUCUUCUUCUUCUACUUCUGCUACUACUUCUCUGCAAGCUCUGAAUAUUCCUCACUUAGGUGACUCCGCGCUUGGAGAGGUGCUAGCUCAUACCGUCAAACCCGAAUUGGGAACCGGGUUCGGAUCUUCUUCUGGUUUCGUUGCCGCUUCUGCUAUUUCGAGGACUUGUAGCAGAGACAGAGACUUGGUUUCAGCCACGGAAAAGAUGGUGGUUGGGAAAGAAACCUCUAAGAAGAGGAAAGCUGAGAAGGUGGUUGCGGAUAGCGAUAAGAGACUGAAAGUGAGUGGUGAAGAAGGGGAAUCAAAAACAACGGAGCAAACGAGCAACAAAAAUGCCAAGUCCAACAACACUAACAGAAACAACAGGGAAACAUCCGCGGAUACUUCAAAAGGUUCAGAGGUUCAAAAUCAAAAGCCUGAAUACAUUCAUGUGAGAGCGCGUCGUGGUCAAGCCACUGAUAGUCAUAGCUUAGCUGAAAGAGUUAGAAGGGAGAAAAUUAGCGAGAGAAUGAAGUAUUUGCAAGAUUUAGUACCCGGGUGCAACAAAAUUGCAGGAAAAGCUGGCAUGCUUGAUGAAAUCAUUAACUAUGUUCAGUCUCUUCAACGACAAGUUGAGUUCUUGUCAAUGAAAUUAGCUGCUGUAAACCCAAGGCUUGACUUCAACAUUGAUGAACUGUUGGCCAAAGAGGUGUUUCCUUCUUGUGCACAAAGUUAUCCAAACAUGGGGAUGGCAUCAGAUAUGACUAUGACUAACCCCAACAACGCCUAUCUUCAGUUCAAUUCAGCACAACAGCUUGUCUCGUGCUGUGGUGGGUUAAUAAAUAAUAUGGGUGUAAGCCCUCCUCCCAAUAUGGGGCUUCGGAGGAACAUUGGUGCUCCUGUGUCUUUGCCUGAAACCUUUCUUGACACAUCCUGUUUCACUCAAAUUCUACCCUCCUCAAAUUGGGAAGGUGAUUUCCAAAACCUUUACAAUGUGGCUUUUGAUCAAGGGCGAACAACAUCCUUUUCUUCUCAGCCAUUUACAGGUCUAAUUGAAGCUAGCAAUCUAAAGAUGGAGAUGUAAAGCACAUGAUGUGCUACCAUUUGGUUGGAUUAGCUGGCUGAGAAUGCCUCUUAUCAAAAUUCUUUUUCGUUUCAAGUACAUAACAUAUAUUGGUUGUAUACUGCUCCGUAGAAUAAAUAUGAUCAUAUUAAUGCCUAUUAACUUCAGUCACCUGCUUUUGCAUGCUUAAAGUACUAUUAGCCAAUUAUAAAAACACAAAAAGAGAGGUUCAUCACAAUGAACAGAUGUGUGACCAGGCACCUAAUCCAAUGUACAUAGGGCGUUGAUGGCAACCUUCCACUGCUUUUUUCCCCUCU